AUGACCAAUAACAACACACCCCGACUGCUCCCUCAAAUCCAACCUGGGUCUUCAUCGACCACACUAUCUUCCACGCCUCCUUUCCGUUUCUCCCACAUUCGUCAUCAUGGUCGAAAAAUCCAAAGUCAAUAUCGGAAACCUCCCGCUCCACCUCAAGUUGAAUCUCAACCAGAAACAAGAUCACCGAACCAGCUUGAGGAUUCAGGAGACAUUCGACCUUCUUCACGAGAUCCCUCUCAUCUCGUUGCCUUAGUCUUGGAAAGUCCUUCGUCUCUUCUCUCGAAUUCCAAACCGACAGAAACGGGUAAGAAGAGAAAGUCGAGACAUGGUCAAGAGGGGGAGGGAGAGCAGCAGAAAGAGAGAAGUAAGAGGCGAAGGGGAGAGUGUCAUUACAAAAGGAAGGUAGAGAAGCCUCGUGGACCACCCUCGUGGCUUCUCAGGAGCAAACCAGCCUCCGUACAUCCCCCGCUGCCUUCUCUCCCGAAUGCUGCCAACGCUUCUUCAACUUCACGUUCUCGCAUUCCGAUCAUCCCUAAUCCUAGUCCGAUGAUCAUACCGACCAAUCCUAGGAUGUUAUCACCUUCUGUAACCACCCCCAACCCACUCUUCCUGCCGCCCAGUCAUCCACUUGGUCCGUCCUCGUUUCCUGAUCAACAGGAUUUGACACCCUUAUUGUCGAUUCAACCAUCCAUCCCCUCGUCCUCGUCUUCAUCCUCAUAUUCCAAUUCAUUAGCCACCAUUCCCUCUGUUAGCGAUGAUAGAAUUAUGCGGAUGGGCGACGCAGGAAAUUUCGAAGGAAGAAGGUCGACUGAGCCUUCCAGGGAAACCUUGGUCAGUAAUGGAUAUCCGAUGUACACAAGAAUGGAAGAUACCAAAUACGAGAUAUUUCAAUCGGCACAAGCAACCCCUUCUGGAGACCCGCUGUCCACCCUACCUAGCUCCUCUCAAACUUCCUUUACGUCUUCUACCCCAUCUUCUUUCGCUUCGACAUCAACAGCAGCCUACAAGGCUACAUACAAUGCCCCUAGUCAUCUUGUGGAUAUAUCGUCUUACCAUCCUGCUAUUCCUUUUCUCGAAGUCAGAUCUCCAUACACUUCCAACCCAUUAAUGACUUCUGGAGAGUCAUCAGAUCCAAACACAAUGUCGAUGACUCAGAGAUAUCCAGGUGGAAGAUUUUUGAAAUACAGUUGA